AUGUGUGAAGAACGUCUAGAAAGUCUUAUGUUAAUUUCUUCUAUAGAUAAUACCACCAAUGAUGUAAAUGCAAAUCUUUGUGAAAUUGAAGAUGGUACAUCACCAAUUAAUCAAAGCGUCGUGUUUAAAGAGGUGACAGCUCAACAAAUCUUAAAUAAAAAUGUAAAUGUUGACGAUAAUGAAGUUGAGACACCAGUAGAUAAAAAUGAGUAUAUUGAUCCUGGUAAUCAUGAAGCUUUUCCAAAAGACUCAAUUGAAAUGAACCUUUUUGAAUUUGGAAACGAUCCUUCUGUUCUUGGUCAAGUUUAUAAAAUAAACCCUGAUCUUAUUGAAUAUAUGUUCAAAAACGGUCCAGCUCAGCCGGUUCCUAAUGAACUACCAAAUAAAUGUUUUCCAAAAGAUAGUCAGGGCCGAUCGUUUCAUGAAAAUUGGUACUAUAAAAAACAACCAAGUGGAGAAAUAAUUUGCAGGAAGUGGUUGUCCUAUUCUGUUAGGAAAAAUAAAAUAUUUUGCCUUUACUGUGCGUUGUUUGGAAAUCAUGAAAAUAAGAGUUGGACACGUGAAGGCUUUUCAAACUGGAAAAAUGGAGUUGCUAAAAUUAUUAUUCAUGAAACUUCUGAAAAGCAUAUAACAGCAUCAAUUAACACGUUGAUGGACAGUCUCGUGGCCGCCGUCGAAAAAAAACCAUCCUUAAAACGUCAAUUUUCAUUACUGCUAUGGCAGUAA